AUGAAGACUAGAAGCAACGAGACAUACAUAUGUCAUUUUCCUGCCAUAAUAAAGGAUAAAAGCAUCCCCUAUACUCUCAAUUCGUCUCUCCAUCCGAACUCUCUCUUGUCUGAUUUCUUUGGCAAGUACCCAUGCAUUUUCAAGGUCGAUGGUUACUGGACCUAUGAACUUUGUCAUAAUAAACAUAUACGACAGUUCAGGGCAGAAGGUGCGGGUCCACAGCUAACACGUCUUGUGAAGGAGUACUACCUGGGCCGCAUAUCAAACCCCAUUUCUGCGCCCAAAGGAACCGAGGUGGAGGUUGGUGAUGUGGGUCUGAAGUCGAUUCGAAUUAAUGGUAAGGAUUUCCCUUAUUACUCCGUUGAGUACGACGAUGGCACGGAAUGUGACCUAACAAGUGCCCCACGGAAAGCGUCUGUGCUGUACGUGUGCGUUGAAGAGUCCGAUGGUGAAUUAUUUCAAAUCAGCGAAUUGGAGACCUGCGUUUACCAACUGGUUGUUUUCACGCGUCAUUUGUGUUCUUCACCCCUCUUCAACUCACACAAAGUCUAUUCAAAUCCUGUUAACUGUGCUCCGCAUGAUGAUAUCACGCCAGUUAAGCCGACGGCGCUUAUUGCAUUUGAAAAAGAAGUAGAAGAACUCUCAGCUUCGAGUGAAUACAAACACCUCGAGGGAAUAUUCAGUUCUUUAAAAGUAAAGGGAUUAAAGGUAUUGCAUUUAUUCUUUCGUGUUUCGAUGGUCUUCAAGGAUCCAGAAUCAGGUGAACGGAUUGAGAUUGUUUUGGGUAAGUGGGACGAAGCCGUUCACUUGGAAUGGGUCAGGAAGAGCCGCCUUCGGAAGCCCUCUCUCCCUGCGGAAAAGCGAAAGUGUCAGCGAAAAAUUAGUACUGCUGUGCAGCUUUCGUUCUCGGAACCAACAGUCUGUCAGUAUUCAAUCAACCUGGAGAGCCCACUGUUCUGUGAUCUUUUGCGGCAGGCCGAUGAUGAUGGCCUCUUUCCUCAAGAGGUGGUGCUAAACCAAUCUGAGGUUACUCACACGUGUCGAGGCACGAUAAAUUUAGCCAAUGCUAAAAUUGUCUCGACCGGGCACUUAACCUUAAUGAUUUCAAACAGCAGCACACAGACUUUUCAUCUUAAAGCAGCGAAUGAAAUGGAGCAGAAAAAGUGGAUGGCUGCUUUAACCAUGGGCAAGGCAAACGCCCUCGCUUUGGGAAAAUCAGGGGAUGAUUCUGAUGAUUGGAUAGAUGGUGAAGAGGAAUCCGAUAUUGCUUGGUCAUCCCCUCGUUUGAUGCCGGAAGAUUGCGCUCGUCUGAUUGAAAGCGCUUUAUCCCAUUUUGAAAGCCGUGUCAGCGACCUCCAGCACUACCAGAGUACCCUAGAACGUAAAGCAGAUGACUUGCAGCGAUCAAUUAACGAGUUGGAAACGUCUCAUCUACCACCGGACAUUGCCGAAAUAAUCUCCAACAUUAGAGAUAAGACAACCGUAUUCAAAGUUGCAAGUAUGGCUAUGGUUAAUUCAUGUUCCGAGUUUCUGGGCUUUGCCAGAACUCAGUCGAAAAGAUGGCGCCGUAUUUUCACCGCUCAGGUUGAUCGUCGUGCUCGGCUAGAGCAGAUGGUUGAGGAAUUAGCCAAACAGAUUCGUAAAUUGGAAAUACAGGCCCAUACCAAAUCAAAUCACCCAGGUUCGUGGGCAAUCCCAGGUCAGGCUGUGCAAGUCCGCCGCAAUGCCAAUGAAACCGUUCGAGGGCGUUCAGGCACCCUGGUGACCAACAACGGUGGUAAUGCUGGUAGUGGUGGUGAGGGCGUCUCUUCUCUUGGCGCCACAGCUCCUGCAAUCACGUCUGAUGAUGAGGACGACUUUUUUGAUGUUGAGGAUGCUGAAGACUACGAAUUUGACGUUACCCUUCCCUCUACUUCAGGGCCAUCACUGAUCGAGAAGCCACCUCCUGGAGAUACCGUUCCUCCGAUUUCGUCAACAGUAUCCACAGUUUCUAUUCCAUUAGGAACAGACCUCACAAUGGAAUACGAAUCAGACAUCGCUGACUCAGACAUCGAGGAGGAUGGCGAGGGAAGCGAAAACUCUCAACACAAAGCUCGUGGCAAACAAGUACACGUUAUUCAGAAGCACGCCUGGGGCAGAGCCAGCCAAGCUCCUCCACAGGUAGAAGCAGGAACGACCCUCUCCUCAACUGCGGGUGUUGAGACUGGCACGAGCCUGGCUCCGGAAAGCCGCAUCAUUCCUGUACGACAGCCCAUUAAUCGGCGAACCACUAUCCCACCCAAGCCCAAUAUCAGCCUGAAUCUCUGGAGCAUCCUCAGCAAUUGUAUUGGAAAGGAACUGACUAAAAUCCCUAUGCCAGUAAAUUUCAGUGAGCCGCUUUCGAUGUUACAACGCCUGUCGGAGAAUUUUGAGUACUCUUCAGUCCUCGACCGAGCAGCAGCGUGCUCCGAUCCAUUGGAGCAAUUGGCCUACGUCUCUGCCUUCGUGGUAUCAUCUUACGCAAGCACCGCCCUCCGUGUGAACAAGCCCUUCAACCCUCUGCUCAACGAGACUUAUGAAUGCGAUCGCACAGAUGAUCUUGGCUGGCGUUCUGUUGCCGAACAGGUGAGUCACCACCCUCCAGUGGCCGCUUUCCACUGCGAGAGCGAUCUCUGGUACACCUGGUUUGAUUUUUCAAUCUCAACCAAAUUUCGUGGUCGGUAUCUGCAAAUUAAAGUUAAUGGUGUGUGCCACCUUGUCUUCCGAAAGACAGGAUAUCACUAUACAUGGACCAAGAUCCCGCUCACCGUUCACAACAUAAUCGUGGGCAAGCUGUGGAUCGAGAAUAGCGGUGAAAUCGAUAUAACCAACCACAAAACCGGGGAUAAAUGCCAUCUCACUUUCAAGCCCUACUCUUACUUCUCAAGCGACAUACCUAGACGUGUGACAGGAGCAGUGAGCGAUAAGGCUGGCAAGGUACAUGGCAUCGUCAACGGUACGUGGGACGAGUUUAUAGAGUACGCACCAGUAGUUACUAAUACGCCUUCAACUUGUGGUGAGAAGCCCGUCCUAGAGACUGGUGCACCUGUUCAACUUUGGCGCGUUUCACCGCUUCCACCAGAAGCCGAGAAGAUGUACAAUUUCACUCAGUUUGCCAUCCAGCUGAACGAUUCACCGCAGAAUGAGCCUAAUCUGUGCCCUACGGAUAGUCGGCUGCGUCCAGAUCAGCGGCUCAUGGAGGAAGGACGCUGGGAUGAGGCAAACAUAGAGAAGGUCAGGCUGGAAGACAAACAGCGCCUCCGCAGGCGACAAAUGGCGCUUAAAUUGAUGAAGAGCGAUUCUCCAGACGAAGACAAUCCCACCAACGCCGCGUCUAGCACAGUUAAUACUACCGUGCCACCAUCACUCAUGGAUACACUUGAUCAGAUGCACGAGCCGCUGUGGUUCAAAAAAGAAAUAGACCCCGACACUGGGCUCCAAACCUUGAAGUUUACAGGUAAAUACUGGGAAUGCAAGAAGAAAAACGACUGGUCCGCCUGCCCCGAUCUCUACUAA